AAACAGCAGGCUAGUCCUGCUUUUACCAACUACAUUUUUUGCACUGAAUUUGAAUUUAUAUUGUCUGCCUUUGCACCUAAAUUCUAUUUCUUUUGCACAGGAGAUGCCACUUCUCUUGAUGACAGCCUGACCAACAUUCAGUGGCUUUGCAGUCUGGAUUCAAACCCACUGCUUGAUCAAGAGGAGGAAAAGACCAUACCUUCACCAACAGAGACCACAUCCAUGAAUCCAUACCCCAAACCUCCAUUUUCCUAUGCCACCCUUAUCCUUCUUGCUAUUAAUAGCACUGAAGAGAAACGAAUGACACUACAAGAUAUCUACAAAUGGAUUGAGGAUAACUUUCCCUAUUAUCAGCAUUGCAAAAAAGCUUGGAAGGUACAUGAAUUGUAAACCUAAGUAUACUGCUAGAUAAAUUUAUUUUAGAAUGACGGGUUAAAUAUUACAUGUUUACAAAUCACCGGUUGAUCGAUAGACUAAACUACUGACUGCAUGAUCCUUAUGAGGCAAUGCUCACCUCAAGACAUCUCAGUAGUAUGGACACUAAGUCAUACCGACAGCAGGUAUAUGAUCCGAACCAAGGUUAAGUAUAGACGCUUGAUUUGAAUAAAUUCUUUCUGUCAUGGACUCCCUCUAAGUCACAUUGCUGAGGGUGUCUCAGGGGGUUAAAUCAGUAUCUAGUUUGAAAUAUCACACCCAAGACCAUUGGGCAAAACUGAGGUGACCUGGCAAGGCCGUGUUCUAGAUGCGCCCAGUGGCCCCUGGAGCGUAAUAUUUCCUCCCAGGCAACUCAAAAAUUUUAGUAUUGUGAUGGGAAUCAUAAUGCUGGCACCCUGGGUUUCACAGGUUCGGGGCAGUGGGGUUUCUUAUAAUUUUUCUUAGAGAACAGCCUUGCUUGGUCUUCACUGGUACGAAAUUAUAUGAAAUUAAUAUCAAUACUGCCUUUUUUGACAGAAUUCGAUCCGGCACAAUCUGUCACUCCACAGCUUUUUUCUUAAGGCCAAGAGGCCAUCCACACUUCCUGGUAAGGGCAGUUACUGGUCGAUAUCCCCUGAAGGUAAAGAAAAUAUCAUGAAGGAAGUAAUGAAGCACCAACAGCCGAAUGUCAGGCCAAACUUAAAUGCUGAGCAGUCAAUCACAAAGGUACUGCGACCCAUCCUGCCUAAACCAUCUGAUAACCUGCUAAUAUCAAGCCCUAUUGUGAACAGUCCUGCAACUGGCAAUGUCAAAUUCUUGUCUGAUGCAAGUGUCACAGGGUUACCAGUUGUGAUUUUGCCAACACAUAUGUACAUGAACAUGGCUAACAAAAUAGCUGCUCAAGCGGCUGCGGGAAAUGUGGCAGCUAUUGGUGUGAACCCAACUUUCCUCCCCAUAACCACAAGUUCUUCGAGUACAGAGAAUCAGAAUUUUGGAGAUGCUGUGAGACACAAUGGAGCUGGGCAAAGAUAUGGACAAGAAACUGAAAGUAGUCUCUUGGGAAAAGCAACAGUUACUCAAGAAGUAAAUGCACAAUCAUCUCUGCCUCAAAUAGCAAAUAAAGUCAGCCAAGAGAAUAGCUUAAUCCAUUCCGUAGAGCAAUUGCUUUCUAGGACUGAAAGUCAGGAAAAUGAGAUUAUUUCUGAGGUAUGUGACAAUAGCACAAUUGUUUCUACUAGCAGCAAAAGUCACUGGGAGUCAGGCAACAACCAUUUAAACGAAGAAAGAAAUGAAACCAGAGAGAUAUUGGCCCGUGGUACCAAGAAAAGAAAAUCAGAGAAGAGAAAAUCAACCGUGCAUAUUGAUGAGAAGACAUCUUCACUAAACAAACAAAAGAAACAAAAUUUGUGUCAACCCAAACGAUCACCCUUACGACCACGCCCUCAGCCUACUCUUGCUGCCAUAAAUUCUCAAUCUAAUGAUUUAAUGGCAUCACCAGGAUUUUUUUUCAGUAGACACAAUACAAGUGACUUGGCUGACACAUCUCCUGUUAAAUCAAUGAUCACACCAACAAAGACCUAUGGCAGUCACAACUUUCUCUCAUCUCUUUUGGGUUCACCCUUAACUUCUUCUAACUUGGGCUGCACUGGUCUCACCCCCCUGAAUUAUACCUCAGACAAUGGAAUUUUCACACCUCUUAAAGAGGGGGAGAUGGACUUUGGGUUUCUGUUUUCCCCUGAGAGGCUUGGGAGCAGCAAGAUAUGUAGUACACCACAGAGUUGUCGGAAGUCUUUGGGACUUGGACUGUCCAGCAGCACUUACAACAGUAAGGCACUAAUAGAUUCUCAAUAUACAUGCAGUGGUAAUGAUACUGAGUUUUUAAACCUCUAA